ACUACCCCGCAGGAUAGGUCUGCGUCAACAAUAAUCCUCGCAGGGAGGUGCUGCGUCAACAAGACUACCUCGCAGGGGGGCGCUGAGACCGCUGCAUUACCAAGUUCUCUGCAGGAGACCGCUGCAUUAUCAAGUUCUCCGCAGCUUAGGUCCUGCGUCAACAAAGCGCCUCGCAGGGACAUCUGCGACACCAAGAGUCUCCGCAGGGACAUCUGCGAAAACAAGGAACUCCGCAGGGGAGCACUGCGUGAACAAGGAACUCCGCAGGGGAGCGCUGCGAAAACAAGGAACUCCGCAGGGGAGCGUUGCGCAACCAAGGACCUCCGCAGGGAAGAGCUGCGCAAUCAUAGACCUUCGCAGGGGAGCGCUGCGCAACCAAAGACCUCCGCAGGGAAGAGCUGCGCAACCAAGGACUUCAGAGCUUCCGUGACCACGGCUGUCGCUGCCACGAGCCCAGCG